UCAGUUUGCUCCCAGGAAAACCUUUUUGUGGAAAACAGUAGGCUGUUGGAAGAAAGUAGUAUAUGCAAUGAUACCCAUAAGAAAAGACAGCUGUUUAGGGGUAACAGAGACAGCACGGGGAAGGCAUCCGGCAGUCGGCAGAGCAGUACUGAGAACGAAUUGAAGUGGACAGAUCACCAGAGGCCAUGGAGCAGCACAGACUCGGACAGCUCAAAUCGAAAUUUGAAGCCAGCCAUAACAAAGACAGCCAGUUUUGGUGGAAUAACUGUCCUGACAAGAGGAGAUAGCUCGUCAAGUAACAGAAGUACCGGCAAACUGUCUAAAACAGGCUCAGAGUCUUCCAGCAGUGCUGGCUCCUCAGGAUCCCUGUCACGAAUACAUCAGCCUCUCCAAAGUGCAUCUCUUGUCCCUGGGGUGACGGCCAGCUCUUCAGGCAACGUGUCCUACCCAGAGAAUGGGAUGAGUGGCCAGGUGGCCCCCAGCAACACCAGCUAUAUCAUUCUUCCACUUGAAGCUGCAGGGAUACCGCCUGGCAGUAUCCUUCUCAACCCGCACACAGGGCAACCAUUUGUAAAUCCUGAUGGGACACCGGCAAUAUACAAUCCUCCCAGUGGCCAGCAGACGAUGAGGAGCCAGAUGGUGGGACAGUCUCAGCAGCAGCCUUCAUCCCAGCAGCCUCAGCAGGUUCAACAGCCCCAGCAGCAAAUGGCAAGUCACCUUGUCACACAGCCUGUUCAGGCAUUGCAGCCAUCUUCUCAGUCAGUCCAAUAUCCAGCAGUUUCUUAUCCUCCCCAGCACCUCUUGCCAGUCUCUCCAACGCAGCAGUUUUCUGUGCGGGAUGACAUGACAACACAGUUUAACCAGAUGAGCUUAAGUCGUCAAUCAUCAGGAGACAACCCCGAAUCGCCGUCUGGUCCUGUCUACCCAUCGCCCAUCUUGCAGCAGCCUGCCCAGCAGACGGGUUACAUUAUGGCUUCCCCAAGUCAGCCGCUUCCCCCAGGAGGCUUUACUGGUUCAGGCCCACCCGUAUCCCAGCAAGUGCUGCCGCCGCCGCCCCAAGGCUUUGUGCAGCAACCACCGCCACCUGCUCAGAUGCCAGUGUAUUAUUACCCAUCUGGUCAGUACCCUACCUCAACAACUCAGCAGUACAGACCCAUUGCCUCAGUUCAAUACAAUGCACAGCGGAGUCAACAGAUCCCACAGACUGCACAGCAAGCAGGUUACCAGCCUGUCCUGCCGAACCAGCAGCAGGGGUUCCAGGGUCUCAUGGGAAUGCAGCAGCCGCCCCAAAGCCAGAACCUGAUGAAUAAUCAACAGGGAAAUCAGGUGCAAGGCAUGAUGGUGCAGUAUCCAGCCAUGUCGUCUUAUCAGGUGCCAAUGACCCAGGGUUCUCAAGGAUUGCCACAACAAUCAUAUCAACAACCAAUCAUGCUACCUAAUCAAUCAGGUCAAGGAACACUUACAGCCACUGGAAUGCCUGUCUACUGUAAUGUCAUACCUCCUGCCCCACAGAACAACCUACGGUUGAUUGCCCCACACUGCCCCUCCAAUAACGUUCCAGUUAUUUCUGCCAGCUGCAGGACAAACUGUGCAAGCAUUAACAAUGCAGGGUGGCAGGUCAAGUACUGACACUGUGGCUUAGUGUGGAUAUACGAGGAUAGCGGUGCAUUAUUUGACAAAUAACUCAUGGCCUUCAAAUGAAGAGGAACACAAUAGGAUAAUCAGUUGAGGACAUAAGUACUGACUACGCUCAAGUGAUUUGCUGCUGGAAAAAUCUGUAAAAAAUAAAAUAAAUUUUGGAAAAAAAAUGUUUGCUGGUUAAUGGUGCAUAUUUUUGUCAUGUCUGCUAGGUAUGCCUUUAUAGCUUAGCUAGUGACAUGAAUUCAUUGAGGUAAGAUUUUUUCCUACCACUGAACACCACUGUGUAGAUUGUAAUAUCCCCAAUUCGGAUUAGUUUUGUACUUUGUGUUGAGUUUGUGAAGCUAAAAGUAUUUAAAAAUAUAAUAAAAUCACAUUGUACCAAAGCUGUAAUGGAAAUGAAAAAAAAAAAUUACUGAAUGGAAGGAAUAAUUUAUAUACAUUAUAGAGUUUUUUUAUGGAUAUAUACUGUAUUGUAGUGCUUAAUCACAAUAAAGCUAUUUGACCUCAUGGAGAAAGGUCAUGUUUCUA